CAGGACUGUAGGGGGCGCUACAGGAAGGAGCAGCUCGUGUCGUCCAACGCGGAAGUAAACAAAGCAAACAACGCACGUUUAGUUACGUGGUCCGAGAGUUUGACGAAGUUGUGACCGCGACGCGGCGUCGCUGUGGGGGUUUAAACAUGAGUUCGGUCCAGAGCAUGCGGCAGUUCGUGUGUGACCGCCUGACCACGGCCGCGCAGGAGAUUCUGGGCGCCUUUGAGAAGCGACUGGACGACUACGAGACGGAGCUCGCGCGUCAACGCAGAUUGUUUGAGUCGGUUCUGACGCCUGAGGCGAAGUCACAGCGGGAAGGUCCCACUCAGAGUCAAGAAGGGGAGGUUUUCUACAACAAGCUGCAGCACCAUAACCAGGAGACAAGCUUUAGUUGGGUCCUGUCAGGUCAUCCACUGGUCAAACAGGAAGAUGUGGAAAUGACAGUUAGUCAGCAACAGCUCCAGCCUGCACAGCGCUUGACUUCAGCUUGUGUGGGAGAUGUCCCUAGUGCUCAGGGUCAGUCUGCUCACUCUGAUGAGACUUUGAGUGCCACAAGUAAAGAGCAUUCUAACAAGGAUACUUCAUCUGGGUGUGACAAAGAAAGUCCUGCAGUGUCCACACCAGCUACAAGUACAUCAAAUACAAAAAGUAUUAAUGACAAUGUAACAUCAAGUCCAACAACUGUGCAAACAAAAGAAUACGAAAUCAAUAAUGCGAGUACGUCUACUAGCAGAACGGUGCUGCCACCAGCUCAGAAAUGUGACAGUGAGCCAACAACAAAUAGAAAUGAUGACAUUAGAACAACAGCAGCUACAAGUGAUGAGCAAACAGAGGACAAGACACAACAUAAUGAGAACUCGAGGACUAAGACAGCAUCCCAGGAGCCAUGCAACAAUAACACAACACUAAGUGGAGGUAGUGAGCCAACACAAAAAAAGGAUCAAACAAAUAGACCUAAGACUUUAUCCAGAGUUCCUGACCCAACACCUCAUGAGAUACCUAAUGGUGGAAACACAGACUCCACUAAAAGCCCCGAACAAAAAUGUCAGGACAAGACAACAUCAGCUAGAGAGAGUGAGCUGAGAGCACCAGAGAAACCCAGUGAUAACAUUCCAACAACUGAGCAAACAUCAAAUAAGGAAAGCCAAGCAGGAGGAAGAAGCCCAGCUGGACGAAGUGAGACAAUAUCAAACGAGAACUCUGACAAGGCCACAACACUGGGUAACAGCACUGAGAGUGAUCCAGAAAAGGCAGCAUCGGGUGGAGGCCUCCAUCCAACACAGGUCGGUGAAACCACCAACCAGGUUCUUACAACAGGAAGGCGUAGUGAGACGACUCCAUGGAAGAAAAGCCGAGAUCUUCAACCAGCAAAUAAAUCCAGCAAGAAGAACACAACAUCCACCAUGAAGACUGAGCUUACAGCAAAAAAGAAAACCAGCGACGAGGCGAGCCCACAGUCCAAGACACAGAGUGAGAAAUCCAGUGAUGAGAACAUGGCAGUGGUUAAAGGCACCACAGUAACAGAAGGCAAGGAAAGCCAUAAACAAGCUGCAUCAGCAAAGAGGAAACCCAGAGAACACACAGAGGCAAAUCAAGACAAAGACCUGAACGAACACAGGCCACAGAGGAAACCCAGUGAUGGCAAGUCUACUCCAAGUACUACAGUAACAGGAAGUAGGAAACGUACAACAGCGUCAAGUAGAAGUACAGAGAAGAAACCAGAUUCUAAACCCAAGACCACAUCUAGUAAAAAGCCAGACGCAACUCCUGCUAAGAAACACAGCGAUGCCACAACAUCAACCAGGAGAAUCAAAGAGGCAUCAAGUAAAGACAAUGAGAAGGAAACACUGAAGCACCAAAUAAGCACAGACAAAGGCACCAAAUCAACACCAGCCACACAACAGAGUCUCCGAACCAUGUCUACAAGGACACGAAAGAGGCAAAAGGACGAGACGGAAGCAGUAAAUGAGGGUCCUGAUCCAACAGCAGGACGUCCGGACGGGAAAACACGUGCAGCGCAGCGAAAACGGGAGAGAAAAGCUUCGAAUACGGACGAGAGCCCGUCAGACGGCGGCGCCAAGGACGGCGAGAGCCCCUACGAGUGCGACCGCUGCGGGAAAGUCAUGAGCAACUUCAAGAACUACACGUUCCACAUGAAGGCUCACACCGCGGCCAAGACGGUGAAAUGCACCGCGUGCGGCAGGAUGUUCAGGGAGCGCUGGGAGCUGAACAAGCACGCGGUCAUCCACGCCCCCGAGAAGCCCUUCAAGUGCCACGUGUGCGGCCACGGCUUCCACCGGCGCUCCAACCUGGACCUGCACCUGCGCGUGCACACGGGGGAGAAACCCUACGAGUGCCCCAGCUGCGACAAGCGCUUCAGCUCCUGCGUGAACAGGAAGAAGCACAUGCGCGUCCACACGGGCGAGAAGCCGUACACGUGCGGCGACUGCGGGAAGGACUUCGCCGACUCCUCGUGCUUCAAGAACCACCGGCGCGUCCACACGGGGGAGAGGCCCUUCAAGUGCUCCCAGUGCAAGCGGAGGUUCGCCACCAGGACCACGUUGACCCGACACGCCGUCACACACACGGGCGAGAGGCCGUACAAGUGCGGCGUGUGCGACAAGGCCUUCGGCUACAAGAGCGACCUGAAAACGCACACGCGGCUCCACACCGGGGAGAAACCCUACGGAUGUGGCGCGUGUGGCGAGCGCUUCUCCAACUGGUUGAAGCUCCACAAACACAAGCGCGUCCACACAAAGGACGCGGAGGACGCCGCUUCUUGAAGGCGUGGCGUCAGGGACACUCCACGGACGAGUUGGCUCGAUUUGGAGGCUUUGAUAGUUUAGGUGUGUCUUUGAGCAAGGCACUUCACACUGGCGCGUGGCAGCCCACUGCUCCCCUUUUAAACGCAGCAUUCCACUGGGUGCUGGUGGUGGAUGUUCCUUGUUUAUGCCGCCUUUAUAUUGGUUUAUACUGGUUUUUAUGUGGGAGGGGAUGAAAUGUAAUUCAAGGUGUCAAUCACUUGUGUUUAUAAUCAAGUGGAAAUGUACCUAAGCUGCAGACACAUGAUUGUAUUUUUAUUGUCUGUGGGAUAAGGUUUUAUGACGGUGAUAUUGUUCUGUACCUGUGGUUGCAGCUGAUCACAUUUUUUAUUAUUGAUCCGAGAGCAGGGUGAUGGUUUUACUGCAAAGCUGACGUAAAAAACACUACAUUCAUGUGAUGUAAUUGUGAAUUUGGAAUAAAUUUUUAUCUUUAAUAUUUUGGGAUGCACAUUUUUACAAUUUGCCUUUGGUCGAACUCAGAGCAGAAGAGUUCUGUAAAAAAGAAAAGUCCACUCACCCGCUGGUUUGUUGAUACACAGCGGAGGAGACACCUGUGGGUCCACGGGUUCAGAGACAGAACUGUGGUUGAAGCGAGACUGAGCUGAUGCUUUGGGUGUAAGUGGAUUUUAAAACUGCAUCACUUUCUUGGUUCCUCUUCAUUGCGUAACCACGAUGAAGAGGAAGAGAGAAUAAUACUGAAUAAUUCAUGCUCUUCUUCUGCCAUAAUUGGCCCUUUAUAUAACUGCCCCAUUGAGUAAAGAUAUAUUCAUAUGCUGCCUGUGAACAGCAUUUGUGUAUUGAAUACAUUUAUUUUAGUUGAACUCUUACAAAUGCAUAUGCAUUAACUGUUCAAUAAUUAAAAAGCAGAGUAAUUCACCCA